AUGAACACCAAGCGGCGGCGGGACGACGACUCAGAUUCCGACGACGACCGGUACCUCAAAAAAUCACGGCCAUGGAACAUUCAAGCAAGCGUACCGUGGGCAGAGAAACACGCUCACAGCACAAACGCUUUCUCUGGAUACGUCUCAAAACCCUCACCGCCACACGUCGUACCUGGUCUGGAGGCAAUGACACCCGCCGAGUCGGAGCACAGCGAAGCAGAUUCGCCAGUAUCAAUACCCGAGGAACCCCAGAUGAUACUUUCUUCUCGCGGCGGCAUAGACUACGCCAUGCAAAUGGAAGAAGACGAACCCGAGGCCGUUACCAGCCAGCCACCAGACUCGCCCUUCGUCACCAACUUCCGCCCCGCAAAGCUGAACUUCGACCUAUUCAACCGCGACCAGGCGAAGCACGCCCCCGACAUAGCUCACCGCAUCCCGACGCCCAUAUACCCGACGUUCCAGACCACAAGCGGCAUGAGUGGCCUAGGAUAUCCCAACAGCGGCUUCGCAGGCGGCAUGGCUCCGAGCAACGGUUAUCUCGGCGUUCCUUCCGAUCCCAGGAGCGAGCCGCACAAUCCCACAAUGGGAAUCCCCCACCGGCGGCAGCGCAGCCAGGAUCGCACCAUGCGCAUGCCGUCGCCCAUCUCAGAGGACGAAGAUAUACCUGAUACGCCGACCGCGCAGACGCAAUCCCAGCUCGAGCGUCUUAGUGUGACGACAUACCACGCAGCCGACCGCAUGGACAUGGAAAUGCCGCCGCCGUCGGGCACGCCCACGCGCGGUAGGAAGCGCAGCGGCGCACUCACGGGCAUGGGCCGCUUCAGCAUGGGGUACCGCGACGACUGCGAGAAGUGUAGGCUGCGCGUCCCGGGGCAUUAUUCGCACUUUCUGUAG